UACGGUGUACACGUCGCGCCAAGGUGCCAAGGUGCCAAGAUCGGUCUCUAUUCCACGUUCCCACUUCCCCGUUCGGUCGCUCGCGUCGUUAUCGUCCGUCGCCGUUGGUCGCCGUUGGUCGCCGUCGCCGUGGUAUCGCGCGUCGAGUGGCGCGCGAAGAGAGUCGUUCGUCACGAGACUGACGAGACGUGGACGCAUCAAACGUGGCCUCGCUCGUCACCGCGAUCGUUUUGUCCGCGUUUUAGACGUCGAGGCACGGCUCGAUACACGACAUUCGCAAACAUUCGCAAACAUUCGCGGCAGCGCGGGCGUGCGGUGCGUGCGUGUGAGGAAGGGAAAAGGGGGCAAUAAAUUCACGCGCGGCGAGACGGGAUCGAUCGCGCGGUGCAUCGUGCCAGGACGGACGGCGAUGACGACGAAGACGAGGAGGAGGAGGAGAGGACGAGGAGGUUGAUCGCCUCGGCGCGGGACGAUUUCUAGGCUAACACGUCCGGCAGUCCGACGAAGACGGAGAGAAACGACGACGGGCGGGCGUCCGUUUUAUCUUGCGCGGUGCGUCACGGAGAAGUGCGUCGGGCAGUCUCGAUAAACACGCUCGUGCACAUCGAGAAGGCGACCACCACCGCCUCUGCCGUCGUCGUUGCCGUCGUCGCCGCCGUCAUCGCCACCGCCCUCCUCUUCCUCGUUGCAUGUCCGGGAGUCCCGCGAGUUCCCGACAAUCCCGACUGGAGCGAGGCACGUUACUCGUUUGUUCUGCGGCGAGGCUGCUUCCUACUCCGCAGGUGGUGCGUAACGAGACGGCGAAAAAAAAAAUCAGGAGAGAGACAGACGGAGAUAGAGGGUGGGGUGAAGGGGAAUGGAAAACGGCACGUUAUCGGCCGUUUCCGGGCCCUUUGUCGAUCGCCACGCCUUCGAGGCUGCGUUUGCGCCACGUUAUUUGCGCAACAGUUGGAAGCUGGAAUUUCGUCUCCCCGAAAAUCACCCCCGUACACGGCCCAAGUAAGGAAGGGAGAGAAGCAACCCGACGAACUGCCUAUACCCGUUCGCCGUCGUCGUGGACGGAGAACCCGAGAACCUAGAAACAGCUCUCUCAGCUCGCUGGCUGGCUCGAACCACCAGACCACCACCGCCAUCGCCACCACCACUACCACCACCACCACCACCACCACCACCACCACCACCAUUACUACUACAGUACUACCAGAUUGAGACUACCACCAGCUCCCCUCGCCCUUUCGUUUUGCAAGAGGGCCGACCGUCGUCGACAGUCCGUGAAUCGUGCGCACACAUGGCCAAUUGCCAGCGGCGGAAUCGCGGAGUCGCCACCCCGAUCGCUGAUCUCCGCUGGGCCCCGCGCGCGGCCAUGUAGCGCACAACGCACACUCGGGGCCUGUUGGGAGAAGGGCAGAAGGAGAAGCAUCAGCAGCGGCCUUGAGGCUGAGUAGCAGCCAAUCCCAAGCCCCCGCUCGCUAAAGGAGGUGGCGCGGGAUUGGCUGAGCGUUCUCCACGAUACCAACCGCGACUUCCGGGCGCUUCCGGUCGGGACUACAGGCCGAUUCCCCACGAGUGGCAGGGGUCCCUGGUGAGGUGAGUUGCUGUCCAUAAGAGGAAAUCAUCCCCAAGAGCUUUGUUUAUGCAGGGUAUUAUAGAGGGAAGAACAAAUCGACUCUCGAGUCUAAUCGUGAGUUUGAAGUUCGAAGACUUAUUUAACAUUGGCGGGGCGCAGGAAGAAGAGAGGGUGGGCGACGAGAGUACGGUGAACCGGAAGCGAACGCGACGGUGGCCGGCUCGGUCGAGGAGUUCGUGGCGGCGUCAGGGCCGCGCAUGCUUCAACAACGAGGCUGUAUAGCAACAGCAACGAUACCCGUACCCGCUACGACGACCGGUUCAAGAUCAUCAUCAUCAUCAUCAUCCAACAUGUUCCCACAACAGUACUGCUUGAGAUGGAAAUACCAUCACAGCAACCUGCAGACUAUGUUCUCGCAGUUGCUCGAACGGCAGGCCUACUGCGACGUCACGCUCGCUUGCGAAGGCAAAACGUUACGAGCACACAAGGUUGUACUGUCGGCAUGUAGCACAUACUUCGACACGAUCCUAUCGCAGUAUGAGGAGAAGGACCCCAUCGUCAUCAUGCGUGACGUCAAAUUCUCGGACAUCAAAGUGCUGGUCGAGUUCAUGUACAAGGGAGAGAUCAACAUCGAUCACACGAGGUUGUCGUCGUUGCUGAAAACCGCCGAGGAUUUACACAUCAAGGGGCUCGCCGAGGUGAGCUGGCGCAGCGAUUCCACGCAAAACGACCUGAACAACACCGGCCACAGUCCCGGCACCGGAACCCCCGGCGUCGAAACGGUCCUGCGAGAAGGUGAAACUGACGAGCCACCACCUCCCAAACAGAGACGUAGAGGUCGUCCGCCUCUGGACGAUCCACCAUCGGCACAUGACGUUUUCACACCCAAAAUCACUUGCAUCACCGGGAACGAGGAAAUGAUGAGCGAGGGCGGCGACCAUGAGAGUUGGGACGACGAGAUGAUGAUGAACGAGAAUAACGAAACGCCACUGCCGGUGCUGUCCUACAUGCCCAAGGACGACGCAUCUGAAGAAAAGAAAGCCGCUAGCACUCCAUCAAAUUCUAACGCCACAAAUCUGUCGAUUCCUGAACAAUUCCGGGACGUAAUAAAGAUGAAUGAUUACCUGACGACGGGACGCCGACAAGAGUUCUGGGAGGAACCCUUCACGCGCCGCGUUAUGGAUGCUAUCAAGAGCAAAGAGCUAGAAAUGAAGACUGCCGCCGAAAUCCUCGGUGUUUCUUACGGCACUCUCUACGGCAGAUAUCGCGACAGUUAUGGUUGCCUUAAACAUCCGUACAGAGUAAGAGAUUUUUGGUCUGAACCGGGCCCGGCAGAAGUGUUAGCGAAAUUACGACGAAAGGAAAUAACAUUGUUCCGGGCCGCCGAGUUCCUCAAUGUCACCGUCCACACACUUGCAACUUAUCUUUCAACGCUGCAGGGUCCGGAUAGAAUCUCGUUGGCCGGUGAUCUCAGCGUGGCGUCCAGCGGUAGCAUCGAUAGCGGCAGCAACAACAACGCAACAGAAUCGACGACGACGGAAAACAAUGAUUCCGUGAACGACAUAUUGCAAAAGAUCAAUGCGAACGUGGCGACCACGACGUCGAUUAAGCGUGAAGGCGGUGGCUACAUUGAGGUGCCAACGGCAGUGUCGAAGUGUUCCACCACGUCAGUGCUGGAGAACAAUCCGGACAUCACGAUCGUCAAGACGGAGAACAUGCUGCGUAAACGCGAAUAUACGAAAAUGUCCAGCACAGAGAACAAUAACGCGAAACUGAUGAGCGGCGGUGCUGUUAGCGAGGUCAGCCAGCAGCAACAGCAACAACAACAGCAGCAACAGCAGCAGCAGCAGCAGCAGCAACAGCAGCAGCAGCAACAGCAGCAGAAACUCGCCGACCCGUUGUCAUUAAAUAAUGACAACAGUAAACCCUAACUAUUCAGACCCUACUUGACACCUACGGCGAAUCACCACCAUCCGCGCAGCGUAGCGCCAAGCGGAGCCAGCUAUAGAUCCGACCUGCAGUGCCCGCGCAGUUUUUAUUCCAACGUGUUUACUCGCUUUCUCACGAAUUUUCAUUUAAAAUAGACGAAGAAAGUAGAAGAGGAGCGGCGCUGGACAUCGCUGUUCUGCGCACUCCCGAUUCUGCAAGAGUAGCCUCAGACAAUCUCGCGUGCGAUCAUUCGCGAUUGACGGCGAGCCGUGGCUGCGUCGGGACGAACAAAACGAGAACUUUGACGAUUCCUUACGAUGCCUUCGAAUGGAUUCCCGCACGGCCACGGCCUACUGUCGUAUUUUUCACGAUUAAGAAGAAUAUUAAUGUCGCGAAGAAUAUUAAUUCUGCCCUAGCGGAGUUAGUACCCUAGGCGAGUUGACACGAAAUUCCUCUCGUUUUAACUUCGAAUUCGGCUCGUUUUUAACCCACAUGGGUCAGUAGUAGACAUAUUGCAUACCUUGGCCUUUGUGAGGAAAAAUAAUAAAGCAAAAGAAGUAACAAAAGGGAUAAAGCGUAUAAUAAAAAGUUCAAUCGAAGUUCCUUUUGGAUAACGAUGUAGAGUGUAUUAUCGCAACAAAGAAUGCCUAUUUUCUGCCGCAUGUGUCUGUAUGGUAAAGAGCGACAAUAUAUUCACCACAAGUAGAUCCAUCAUAGUAAUAUACACCACAGAGAGAAAAAAAGCAAGAGAGGGAAAGGGGGAAGCAGAAAGAGAGAGAGGGAGAGGAGAAAAAAAAAACUAAAUAACGUCCCUCGACAUAGAUAUAUGUUCCUCACGCGAUCGUCGUUAGGAUCGCGUUAGGAUCACGUUUCAGUUAAUGCCCGUAUAUAAAUUCGAAAAUUUAAAUCAUAAAGCUUGUACUAUUGGAAAAGGCAUCCAUAUUCGAUAUUCGCAAUACACGACACAUAAAGAAAUACAUAUGAAGCGAAAAACUUGGAAUAAGAUGAUUAUAGAUAGAGAUAUUCUCAGCUAUUUGUAUUUAGAAAAAUAUUUAAAGAGAUAGAUAGAAAGAAUAAGAGAAAGAGCGAGAGCGAAAAAAAUAGAAAGAGUGAGAGCAAGAGCGAGAAAAAAAUCAUCACUUCAGGCUGCGUAUCCAAUAGUAAAUCGUUUAUGAUUUAAAUGUAUUUUCAUGAUACAAGCCUUAACAUUAGAAACUGUUUUGUCUAUGUUAUCGAUUCGCUGACAAAAUUGACGCGCGUACAGUUUUACAUGUGUUACCUAUAUUUUUGGAAGACAUUAUUUAGAACGGUUAAGUUUUAGGAACGUAAAUUUCAUGCAAUUAAAAUAAAGGCGUUGCGAUCGGUUAGCGAUUUUUAUGCGUCGUACGAAAAUCGCGGCAAUUGCCUUUUCUCGAGUAUUCGCAAUGUUACUGGAAUAGUCCGUUGCGCACAUAAUGUAACAUGAUAACGGUGUAUCAUUCUAUUUUGUUUUUCUUUUAUACCGGUACAUAAAGCUGUGCAUAAGAAUGAUUUUUAUAAACAAUCUUUAUUACUUGUAUAUAUACACACGAGAUAUUUUUUUUAUUUCUUCUUUUAUGAGAGAAAAUAUUUUUAACGACUUAUUGGAGAAUAAUAAUCGUCGAUCAAAUUGUUUAACACAAAUGUAGUGCAAUAUUUGAAGAUAUGAAAUAGUAUUAUUUGGCGAUAAAAUAUCGAUUAAAAGAGGUUAAAAAAGAAAUAGAAAUAUGCCGGUGCAAUUAUGCUCGGAUUUAUCAAAGCAAUAUCAAUAUGAUAUCUGCAAUGGUGGCUACGAUAAUGCUGUGUUAACGCAUUGUAUCGUUGUUCCCCCUAUUUAUACAUGAUUCGCGAUUCUGUUUAAUUUUUUUGUAAGCUUUCACAGGCGCGAUGUUUACAUUAAGUUAGAUAAAGAAAUGGGAAAUCCCCGAACAACCGCUAUAUAUAUAUAUAUAUAUAAAUAAAAAUAUAAAUAUAUACAAUAAUCAUACUCCAUGAGACAUUGACUGGAAAUGAGUAUUCCUGUUCGCUGAAGGUAAAACUAAGUAAGAAUUAGUAGUAUAAUAGAGGUAUCUCUGAUGAUAUUUUUCGAUGAUAUAAGACUUAGUUGCAUGAAAGAGGAGAGUUCAUUAUCGCGGAGGGUACUUGUAAAGUAAUCCGAAUGGAGCGGUGUAAUAUCGUACGUACGAAGUACGUGAAACGAAAGAAGAGAAUGGCUUUCCUUUCGGAGAUUUCAUUGUGACUGGUAGAAGCGAAAAAGUGAAAAGUAUCGUGAGGUGUGUAAAUAUAGCGGUGUACGAUAUUUACUAGAAACGAAAAAAAAUCAAGAAACGCAUUCUUUGAAUGCGGACAUGUAUGUACCUCUCUCUUUCUAAACGGACCCCAAAGUCGACUGACUACUAAAGUAAACGAAGAAAAAGAAAUUACAAAAAAUGUAAAAAAAAAAA